CCAAUCUGGGCGCAUGAAGGCACAGACCAAGGGGCACUGCCAAUUCCACGGCUGAUGCUCCUUAAAAAGAGAACAGCAGCAGGUGCAUCCAGUUCUUGCUGGUUCAAACACUGACACUGGAACUUGAAAACUUCCCCGAUUACUGUCGGUCAUUCCUUUUCGAUCUCCCGCGCAGACGUUCUUGAAGCUACCUAGAAAAGAUGGCUUCCACCAACUACAAGGAGGCUUUCUCCUUGUUCGACAAGCGCGGAAACGGCCGUGUCACCCUCGACAGCCUGGGAGACCUCCUCCGCGCCUGUGGCCAGAACCCGACGUUGGCGGAGAUUCGGGAUCUGGAGAAGACCGUUGGCGGUGACUUCGAUUUCGAGACCUUCCAGCGCGUCCUCAACCGGCCAGGCGGCUUCCGCGAACCCGGCGAGCCCGAGGAGUACUGCCGCGGUUUCCAGGUUUUCGACAAGGACAUGACGGGCUUCAUCGGCGUUGGCCAGCUCAAAUACAUCCUGACGAACCUGGGCGAGAAGAUGUCAGAGGAGGAGGUCGAGGAGCUGCUCAAGGCCGUCGACACCAGCUCAGGACAGGUUAACUACACUGAACUCGUCCGGACGAUACUUGCGAACUAAACUACACCCGCGCAUCGGUCAAGAUUUGGGUUAUGUUUGGGCGCUAGAUCGGAGUGGAAGUAGGGAGGGUGGUUUGCGUCUUCAAGUGGCAUAGAGGAAGCCUCUUGACGGACGACGUUUACGAUGGACAUUACUGCAUUGCUUUCCUACGGUUGGGCAGCUGGGCGUUCGACUGUUUUUCUUCCAUCCAACUGUAUCACUUUGGGAACUUGUCGGUCGGCUAUUACGGUUGCUUCAGGACUGGGGAUAAAUAGCACAGGACAUUCACCAAUAUUGCGCCCAUGCGACAUGCAACCGUUGCGUGUGAACCAUCGCAUGUGAACCUGGCUCGUUGACCCUCGAGUGUUUCCCCUUCAACGCCCAACGCCGAGACUUGGAGUCUUGGCAUCAUCGGAUGUAGACCUUGGUAGUUCUGGGCGUAACAAAGCAGCAACAGUACGAGGUUUCAGCCGGGGG